AUGUCUAAUAAUGCGAUUCUAUUGUGGGCAUAUCAAUUAACAGCUGUUGAAAACGGUAUCGAGUUUAAUCAUCUUCGUCGGAAAUCUGCAGCCUUGAGGAUCCGAAUAUCAAGAGCUAGUUUUGUCUUCAAAUAUUUGCCUUCUGACGUAACCAUGCGAUCAAUAAAACUGACUACAUAUCGUUUAGGAUUUCUACCAGAUCAGACUAUAGGAAAUAAAUUAGAGCAAAACUCUUUGACAUUUUAUUUUGGACUCACAGAAGAUAAAAUGGUAAUCUUUGGUGGUUUCAUCUCAUCUUUCAGAGCAGCUUUUGAAUCGAUUUGA